UCUUGGCGAGGAGGGCAUCGAUCGGUGCGCCAUGGAACAGCAAUGCAGGCGUCGUGGCCAGCAUGGAAGCAGCUCGAGAGGACGGAUCCCGAGAGCUGCCUCAGCGUCAUGUCGAGGGGGAAAUUCCCAAUUCGUCUUCGCCACCGUUUCUCUACCUUCUGCGGAGGAGGGAGUAUCGACAUGCUCUCUUCAGUGGCAUCGUCACACUCACACUCAGCAUCAUGGGAGGAGCGGUCCUGCCCGUGUCAAAUGCAUUCACUACCACGGGAAUUGUCUGCGGCUUCCUGAUAAUGCUUGUUGUGGCCUUGGCAAAUACUUACACUUGUGAUCUGCUGCUCAGACAAGCUUAUUGUACUGGAGCUCUCAACUAUGAGUCUCUUGCUUUCCACAUUGGUGGGAAGUGGUGGAAGCUUGCUACCGAAAUUAGCAUAGUGGUUCUGCUCAUUGGGACCAUUAUAGGCAACAUUCAACAAGUCAGUGAAGCUGCUGUCAUCGGCAUUGAAAACAUCACUUCCAAUGCUCCUUCCUGGCUAACAGGUAGCGGGCGCGUGCUUAUGAUCCUGUCCGUCGUCUUCAUUGUCGCUCCAAUUUGCUUGGUGGAAAAAAUGAGACAGCUCGAAUUCUUUGCAACUGUAGGAACAUCGAUUGUCAUCUGGCUGCUCGUGGUAAUUGUCAUAGAUGCUAUCAGGUUCAAGCUGCCUGCGGUGAAAAACGGAGAGCUUGCUGCAGUCGGGUUUACAAGUAUAGGCUCAAUCACUCAAGCUAUUUCAACAUUUGGUUUUGCAUUUUACGUACAGCCAAUGAUGAUGCCCUUCCUUGCUGAAAUGCCCGCUGGUAAAGUUGGUGUGAAGCUGACCUCAUACUCGGUUCGUGUAGUUAUUCUCGGAACUUCAUUCUUCAUUUACGGCACUAUUGGAUUCUUCGGCGCGGCAAGAUACGGGAGCCUUACGUCCGAAAACAUACUGGAAAACAAAUGGCUUGGCGGUGGUGUACCACAAGGAUCACUCAACUUAGCAAUGGCGGGUAUGAGCCUUGGAAGCUUCGAUAAUUUACUUAUUGGAUGCCGCUCUUUGACAGUAUACCUUGCUUUUGCAAUUCCAACUGUAGAGUUUCCGACUCGCUACACAAUCAACCGUUGGAUUCCUGGCGAUAAGAAGCAGAAUCGCUUCUUACGUCAUUUGUGUAUAUCAGCUGGAAUCCUUGUUUUCUGCACAGGCAUCAGCCUCAUAUCGCCUAACAAUUCGGGCGCCAUCAUCACAAUUACAGGGGCGACUGGAGUUUCCAUGGUUUCGUAUACCAUUCCCGUAGUAAACCAUUUCUUGCUGUUCUUCCAAAGAGCAAAAUGUCAGAAGCAGGCUGAUGGAAUAGGAAGUGUUUUGAAGUAUAGAAAGGACACCUGGUAUUCAACCGUGCAGGAAUACGCCAAAGAGUUGGUGCUUCCUGCUUUUGUUAUUGUCGUUGGUAUCUUCUGCAGCAUUGCAGCUCUAACCACACUGUAAAACUUUAUUCGUCAACAAAUGUAAGCAACUGUUACAUUUCCGUCCUGACAUUGCUUCUUUUUCUUUUUUUUUAACCUUACUCUCGAGCUCUCGGAAUCACUGGCAAUCCAUUCUUGAUGGCGAGUGUCAUGUUGAUACUGUACCGGGGCUCUGUGUCGGAUGCCAUCUCGAACUUGAACUUUGGCAACAUAGCAGCUACCAGAGACUUCAUUUGCAGCAUAGCCAUUUCCUUUCCGAUACAUAUUCUUGGCCCUGCCUGAAAUGCUGUGAACUUAUACGGACUCUCGUUCACAAAACUUCCAGUGCUGCUUAGCCACCUUUCUGGCUUGAACUCUAGACAAUCCUUCCCCCAUAGGCUCUCCAUUCGUCCCAUUGCAUAGAUCUGGUACGUGACCCUCGUUCCUUUCUCUAUCCUGCUCCCAUCUGGUAGUACGUCGGGGCCUUUGGCACCUUUGCUGUCGAACGGAACUGCUGGAUAGAGCCUUAAGGAUUCCGAUAACGCUGCCUGGAGAUAGUUCAUCUCUCGGAGCUCGCUGUAGGAGAAGUGUUUCAUCCUUCGACCAGGAGCCAGAAGAACCACGACAAUGUGACAGAAGUUGUGUCCUUGCCUGCCAGAACAAAGCUGAUGAUAAUAUCUCGUAGGAAUUUGUCGGAGUACGAACUUCCCGUGUCCUCCAUUUCGAGAGCCAUGAACCGAGAAAAUAUUCUUUCAGGUGCUUCUCGGAACCAAGGUUGAAGUACCUCUUGAUCUUCCAGAGCAAGGGAUGGACCUGGUAAAACCUUUCAGUACUCAGCCUCGUGGACUCGUCGAAUGCUCGAGCAAACGCAAUCGUGGGAAACGACGGAUCCAAGGACAUAGGAUCGACUCCGAAUGCGAGCUUGCAAAUGCUGUCAAAGGCGAACCGCAUGAACACGUCUUGCAAGUCGACUCGUUGGCCACAAAUGCUUGCAAUCGUUGGAAGCAGCCUCUUUUCAAUCUUCUCGGCCACAGAAUCCAUGAGCUUCCACAGGCCAGCGUCAGCGUUGAAGAUGCCAUCUCCAAGAAGAUCUCUCAGCGUGUCGCACACAUACUCUCCCUUUGGAUAGUUGUCGAAAUUGGUCUUGAGGAUGUACUCUACGUUCUGAGCGUUGGACGUGAGCUUGAAAGGCUUCGCCCCCCAUCGCUUCAACGUGAUGGUGUGUCCGGGAGACUUGGCAAGAUAGAACCAGGCGAAGAAACCAACACAGGAAAUCAGCAAAGCAGCAGCUAAAGUACCUUGCUCCAUAUCUCGCUGCCGCAGCACCGAAAUCUAAGCGUCUCCUCGCCUCCUCUCGAUAGUUUUUCGCAAAACAAGAAACUCUUGGUUUUCUUUGGAA